AUGCCCGAAAAGGAAACAAUCGUAGUCAUCGGCGCCGGGGUAAUCGGCCUCACAACGGCCCUCCGCAUCCAAGAAACGCUCAAUCGCAACCAAUCCAUCCACCUCAUCGCCCGCGACUUCCCCAACACCACAUCCCUAAACUACGCCUCCCCCUGGGCAGGCGCACACUACCGCCCCGUGCCCGGCUCAACGCCGCAGGCCCUCCGCGAAGAAACCCAAGCCAAAGAAACCUACGGUUACCUCAAACAGCUGGCAUCAAGCGACCCCUCCUCGGGCAUAGCAGUGGUAGAAGGGGUCGAGCACCUCGAGGACCCACCGGUAGAAUAUCUAGACGAACAGAGCGUCCAAGAAAGCUACGGCCAUCUGGACGGGUUCCGGCGGCUGGGGAGAGAGGAAUGUCCCGCCGGUGUGAGCUGGGGCGUUCGAUAUGAUACGGUCACGAUUAACUCGCCGGUAUAUUGUGCGUAUCUAUUGCGGAAGUUUGUUCUGGGUGGUGGAGUCACUAGGGAAUAUACGGUGAUUGAUCCGACGGAGGCGUUUUAUCUAGCUCCGAAUGUGAAGACGGUGGUGAAUUGCUCAGGGUUGGGGUUUGGGGAUGAGAGGUCGUUUAUCAUUCGGGGGCAAACUUGUCUCGUGCGCAAUCCGUGCAAUCAGACUGUGACGAGGCAGAAUACUGAUGGCUCUUGGUCUUUUUGUAUCCCGCGGCCGUUGUCUGGGGGUACCAUUAUUGGGGGCACGAAGCAGCCGCGCGAUUAUAAUCCCUCUCCGUUGCUGGAGACAAGAGAGAAGUUGCUGGCCAAUGCGGCCAAGUGGUUCCCGUUUGCGCCGGGGAGUGACGGGAAGUUUGAUGUUAUUCGGGAUAUUGUGGGCAGGAGGCCGGCUAGAGAGGGUGGAAUGAGGAUUGAGGCGGAAAAGGUUGAGGAUGGUCGGUUUGUGAUCCAUGCUUAUGGGGCUGGGGGAAGAGGCUUCGAGUUAUCAUACGGAGUGGCCGCGGAUGUGGUGAAGUUGAUGGUCAGCAAUAAGUUGGUUGGCGAAAAAGCUUCGUUGUAG